UGGUGAUCGUUAAAGGACCCGGUUGCUCAUCAAUUGGAUAUGGAGCUGCUUCAGAGUUGGGUCCUCUUAGAGUUCGGGAGAAUGGUACUGGCCUCUGCUUCAACAACUAUUCUUGGGAUAAAGAAGCCAAUUUGUUAUUUGUCGAGUCUCCUGUAGGGGUUGGGUUCUCAUUCACAAACACAUCCUCUGAUUUGAAUGGACUCAAUGACGAAUUCGUUGCUCAGGAUUCCUACAACUUCUUGGUUAAUUGGAUGGAGAGAUUCCCACAAUUCAAGUAUCGUGACUUCUUCAUAGCAGGAGAGAGUUACGCAGGUUUCGCAUACCUAUAUCUAAUCUAAUCUAACAACAAUAUAAUUAUGAAUGGGAGUUGGUAUCCCUGAAUUGUGUCAACACACUCAGUGCAUAAGAUGUUGUACAUUGUUAUUAGAAGGUAGAACCCUAUUUUUUCAUUUGGCUGCUUUAUCCUUACGGUCCCGUUAGUUUCAAUUAACUCCCGUUAACUCAAUUUUAUGUCUUAUCUAUCUCAUUUAACAUUAG